AUGACUGCGGCCCCGCUGACUGCAGUCCCGCCCGAGGAAGUGCGCACAGCAAUCGACAGUGCUCUCGAGAAAGUUGCAUCGCAACUGCGUCAGCUCAAUCACCUGAUAUGGUCAAACCCCGAGCUUGCCUACGAAGAACACCAAGCCCACGAUGCGAUCUGCAAUUUUCUCGAGAAGCAAGGCUUCACAGUGACGCGGCAUGCGUACGGGGUAGAUACCUCCUUCGAAUGUAUCAGCGGCACCGAGGGUCGCCUGGUCAACCUCAACGCGGAAUACGAUGCGCUCCCUGGGAUCGGGCACGCGUGUGGACACAACCUCAUCGCGACGAGCAGCAUCGCGGCCUUUCUGGCGUUGAGCCAUCUGCAGAGACAAUAUGGAAUUGGCGGCCGCAUCCAGCUCCUCGGCACGCCUGCUGAGGAGAACGGGGGAGGGAAGGCGAGAUUGAUCGAUGCAGGCGCCUACCAGGGAGUCGAUGCCUCAUUAAUGGCCGACGGUGUGGCGGGUAUACUCAUGAAUGCGCGCAAGGAGCUCUUCGUGGAAUACUUUGGGAAAAAUGCCCAUGCUGGAGGCAAUCCAUGGGAGGGCGUCAACGCGUUGGAUGCCUUGAUCAUGGCCUACAACGGGAUCUCGACUCUAAGGCAGCAGAUCCUCCCCGAUGAGCGGAUUCAUGGCGCCUUCUUGGAUGUCCCCAAGGUCGCCAAUGUGAUUCCUGCGUACACCAAGUCCUACUGGCAAAUUCGCAGCCCCACUCUGGACCAGCUCAAUAAGCUGAUUGCGCGAGUCCGCUUGUGUAUUGAAGGGGCUGCUGUCGUCACCGGUUGUACUGUGAAGAUUGUGGAGGAAGGCCUGUAUACCGAUAUCGUACUCAAUGAUGUCUUAUGCCAGCGAUACACGAAGCAUAUGGCAGCGUGUGGGAGAUCGAUCAUCGAAAAGUACGAGAAGGUCCUGACCGGGUCGUCUGAUGUUGGAAACGUGAGCUAUGUUGCUCCUACACUGCAUUCGAUGUUUGCUAUUCCAGCUCCUGAUGGGUGCUUUCCCCACCAUCCUUCUUUCACCGCGUGCGCUGGUACGGAUGAAGCACAUGAAGAAGCCAUAGCGGUUGCCAAAGGGUUGGCUCUCCUGGGCUGGGAUAUGUUGUCCGAUGAGAAGCUUCUCACUCGGGCCAAAAGCCAGUGGAAGUCGAGGCUACCCACUAAGUUCGAUGAAUGA